CAAUGUAAACAUGGCCUCCAGUGGCGUUGACACCCAUCAACAUGUUAAUCACGGCCACCUGGCGGAAUCUAUCAAAUCCGAAAUUAUUUUGACGACAACUGAUAAAGAUAAGGUGCUCCUUUGGAAAAGUGAUGGUAGAGAUCAAUGGAAAUUACCUUGGUUUGUUCUAAAGGAAAAUGAAAGUUUUCGUCAAGGAAUAGAUAGAUGGUGUUUGGAUCAACUGGGUGAGGAUGUUAAAGUAGACCUUCAUGGUGUGGCAGGUGUCAAACACAGCAUAUGUGCUGACAAAGGAGGAUCUCUGACAUUGAUAUUUCAUGCGUCUUGCACAAACUGCCACAACAUUGACCAGUUGAGAAAAAAUAUUUGUGAUGACACAGCUUCAUGUAAUGAGCUUAGUGAAUCAAAUAGUACAUGUGGUACAUUAGCUGACUCCAGUGCUUCAUUGUUUAAGUGGAUCUCUGAUUCUGAGAAGCAAAGUGUGGAUGUAGAAGAAGAUGUCUGUAAAUGGAUUAAAAAGGCAUCAAGUCAAGAAUUGAAAGUUUUAGAAGUGUUAGAAGUGUUUGACAGUGAUUCUAGUUUACUUCAAGACCAAACAAAAGCUGAGAGAAGUUCUGAAAGUACUGUAGAAAACAAUAGAGAUACCAGUACAUGUACAUUACAGAGAAAGGGUAUUUCUGGGUCAAAUUCUCAUCCAAAAUUAUGUAAAGUUCCUGCUGAGGGAAACUUCCAGUCUUUGGAACAAGUUCAACCAGAAAAGCAACAGAACUCAAGUGGUCAAAUGUUGAAAAGUGUUGGUGCAUGGAAGAUUCCUCACCGAACUGCAAAAGAUAUUCUUGUCUCUGCUUUGGAAAAACUUGUGGAGUCAGCCCAUUUUGGAAAACUAGAAAAAGAAUUCCUCCAAAGAAAAUUUGAUAAGUAUUGUGAUGGACUUAAGGAAAUAAAGUUUGAAGGAUUUUCUUUGCUUAUGAAAGAGCUUGGAGUGACAGCAGGACUCAAAGACUUAUUCAGGGCAUUUGACUGGAACAAUCAUGGGCAAUUGACAUAUCAAGAAGUGCUCUCUGGAGUGGCAGCCAUGGAUCCCUCCACACCUCAUGGGGGGCCAUCUGGGGAGUUACGUUGUCGGUAUAUAUUCAGGUGUUAUUCUGCUGAGCAAGAAUCUUGUCUCUCCUUUGAAGGAUUCAAGUCUAUGGUAAAAGAUAUUCAGCUGUUGAAAAAAGGAAGUGCCAAAGAGGAUGUUGUUUUAAAAGAAGCCAGAAUUAAAGCUAAAAUGUUUGGAUCAGGACCUUCAGACAAACUAUUCUUAGUGGAUUUUUUAGAAGCUGUGGGUAAUCUUAGAUUCCGUGGGACAUCUGUGCUGUUACGUCUGCCUGUGUCAAUCAUUAAACUUGCUCAAGAUGAAAUGUAUGAAAGCCUUACUCAGGAGAGGACAUCGGUGACCACCAGAUCCCAAUCUCCAGUGAAGAAGAGAAGGAGUGAGGAAAUGGACGACAGCAUGGAAUUUCAAGGAAAUAACUUGACAUUUGGAGCUGUAACAGAUAUUCAAUACGAACUUGCCACUCACACGGUCAAGGUGCGUCGAAGUGGAAUGCUGAGUGACGUCAGUGUAAUGUGGGAUAUGAAAAACACCGCCAUGGUAUCGGGGAGUGCUCAGAGUGAACUGCAAACUAAUAAACUCAAGAUUGCGCGGCUGCCUUCAAUCAACUGCUUCAACAAGCAAUCAGAUGCCAAUCAAAUGCUAUCCGCCCUAAGGUACUUUGAGCGUGCAAUAAAGUCAGCAGAUACAUCCAAGGAAAGUUUUAACUGGGGUUUGGUGGAAAUGCCUUCCUUGGGGAACUGUUUGUUGUGUAUCUGUCGAACUCUGCUGGAGAUAAUAAAAAAGGAACCUCGGCUUAUCAGAGUCCAGUCCCCCACCUACGUAGUCGGUGAUCUUCAUGGUAAUUUUCGUGAUUUGGUGUGUUUUGAGAAGGUUCUUUGGCGUAUGGGCCCCGUUCUAACACCAGCUAGUUUCAUGUUCCUGGGGGACUAUGUCGAUCGAGGGGAGAAUGGAGUAGAGGUUAUCUCAUACCUCUUUGCUCAGAAGGUGUUAGCCCCAUCGAAAUUUGUCCUGAUCCGAGGGAACCACGAGAUUAGAGACAUUCAGAAAAUGUUCACUUUUCACAGUGAGUGUCUACAAAAGUUUGGUCCUGCUCUUGGCGAAGAGGUCUGGGAAGCAGUUAAUGCUGUCUUUGAUGUUUUACCGCUGGCUGCAAUUGUAGACAACAAGAUCUUCUGUGUCCAUGGGGGUAUUCCGUUGCCCAGUCAAGGGGGCGGGCUUGUAUCAUCUAUAGACAACAUCCCUGGUGUUCUACCUGAGCCUGAAAAACAAAGUGAGCUGGCCUGGGAACUUAUGUGGGGAGAUCCUUUAAGGGCAGAAGAUGUGACUCCCGACAUUUUGGAGAAACUCAAACAAAACGAGGGAUUCACAGCCAAUAGCAGGCGAGGUACUGCUUACUUGUUUAGCGCGGACGCCUUGGAUGCUUUCUUGAAGAGGAACCAUCUCACUCACGUGAUCAGAGCGCAUGAAGUACAGCAAGCUGGCUUUCAGGUUCAACAGAAUGGCAAACUGCUGACCGUGUUCUCGUCGUCGCAAUACUGUGGGGGGUCCAAUGAAGCAGCCUGCAUCCUGGCAUAUCAAAACAAACUGCGCACAAUCCGACUGGAUACCACGUGAUCGACCACAGCCUUUCAGAGCUAACUCGGUUAG